CUGUGUCGUCUCAACCUCAAAAUUUCUAUUGACGAGUAAUGGCGAUGGAGUAAGUAGUUCGACUUUGUUCUUCUGUUUUCGACGAUUAGAGAAUUUUUAAGUUUUUAUAAACAAGAAAUGAGCUCGAAAAUUCAAAGUUGUUACUUAUGCAGUAAGGAUAUACCUUUUUUGUCUGUUUAUUUACCUGACAAGCAAGCAAUAUUCGUUGGUAGGAGCGCUGACACGAAAAUUACUGAUACGCAAUGCUCGCGCAAGCAAGUUCGUCUAUAUGCUAAUUAUGACGAUCAUAAAGUAUUUAUUGAACAAGUUGGGGUUCGGCCAUGUGGCUUCAAUGGUUUUAAGACGAAACGUGGUGUAAAGUUCAUUGGUCAGGAUGGAGACUGUUUGGAACUUCUUUAUGGCAAACAUGCAUAUAAAAUAGGAUUCACUCCUCCACCAAUGAAGAAUUUAGGUAAUUUAGAGACACACAAACGAUUACUUUUCGAUGAUACAGAAGAUAAUGAACCGUUAGCGAUGAAAAAACUGAAACUCAAGGAUAACAAUGGUGAUAAACCAGAUAUGAAAGACUAUUCUAACGGUAAAUGGGAACACUUUACCAAUAAUACUCUAUUUGUGUACACGAGCGAGGGUUGCGAAGGGCGUUCCAAAAUAGCAGCUUACGAUAUGGAUAAAACUUUAAUAAAAACAAAAUCAGGAUUAGAAUUUCCAAGAGAUACAAACGAUUGGGAAUUACUGAACUUGUUAGUGCCCGGCAAUCUUAAGAAGUAUUACGACGAUGACUAUAAAAUUGUUGUUUUUUCAAAUCAAGCUAGUUUAGGCACUGCAAAGACACCGCUCAAGGAUUUUAAAUUAAAAAUAGAGGGACUCGUGAAAAGAAUUGGUAUUCCAAUGCAAGUCUAUCUUGCUGCGGGACAGAGUAUUUAUAGAAAACCACGUACUGGGAUGUGGGACUUUUUACUUAGUCAGAUGAAUGACAAUGUAACCGUCGAUAAAGAAAAAUCAUUUUUCGUGGGUGAUGCUGCUGGCCGUCCCGGUGUACCCGGAAGAAAAAAGGAUCAUUCCUUGGCCGAUAGACUAUUUGCAAUUAAUUUAAAUUUGACCUUUUUCACUCCCGAAGAACAUUAUUUCGGACAUAAAAAGGUAUCGUACAAUGCUCCAAGCUUUCAUCCAAAGGAAGCAAUUAAAAAUACUGUACUUUAUGAGCCGCAACAAAGUAAACUUACUUUAGAUAAACAAGAGUUAAUUGUCAUGGUGGGAAGUCCUGGCUCGGGUAAAUCACAUUUUGCAAAAAUACAUUUAAAAUCUUAUCAUUACGUAAACAGAGAUACACUUGGAAAUUGGCAGAAAUGCAUAAUGAAAACAAACGAAGCGUUAGCCCAAGGGAAAAGUGUUGUUGUCGAUAAUACAAAUCCAGAUAAGAAUUCGAGACAACGAUAUCUUGACAUAGCAAAGAAACAUAAUGUCUCAUCUAGGUGCUUUGUCAUGAACAUAAAUAAAGAACACAUCAAGCAUAAUAAUAUAUUUCGAGUAUUGACAGACUCAACCCAUCAAGUAAUCAGCGACAUGAUAAUCAAUAGUUAUUUAAAGAAUUUUAUUCCACCAACCGAGGACGAGGGUUUUUCCGAGAUCGUGAAGAUUAACUUUGUACCGUCCUUCAAGUCCGAGGAAGAUAAGAAGCUGUACGAGAUGUAUCUUCUAGGAUAAGCUUCGCGCUAUAGAGCUUCAACUGUACGAAUGUAGAGUAACGGAGAAAGUGAAAAAUUA